AUGCACCUUCUUGUAAUAGCUGUGUUAUGUGGUCUUGCCACGGCAGCGGUUUACCGGCAUCCAAUGCUGUGGAAGAAAUCAAGAAAGAUCCAAAUGAUUGAACGAGGAGUCUACGCCCAGUACCUUCAACGACUUGAAUCACUACGCUAUGUUAUGAACCUUGACACGAUGGGACAACGGGUGGACGAUUACGCGGACUACGAGUACGUAGGAAACAUUACCAUCGGUACACCUGGUCAGCCGUUCGUCGUGGUACUUGACACCGGUUCUGCUAACCUAUGGGUCCCACAUACAAAAUGCGAUCGAUCGUGCUUUGGAAAGCACAAGUUUACGAUGGAGCAAUCCAGCAGUUUUGUGAAAAGUAGAGAAAGAUGGAGGAUACAGUACGGCACUGGAGACGCGAGAGGAGUGCUCGGCACUGACAUCGUUAGAUUCGGUGGUGAAGACGAAGUUCAACUCGCCGUACCUCAGACCACAUUCGGCUUAGCGACGCAUAUUUCGUCGGAUUUCAGAACUGACCCAACUGACGGUAUUCUCGGUCUCGCUUUCACUUCACUCGCCGAAAACAACGUUGUUCCACCGUUAAUCAAUGCUAUUGAUCAACAUCUGCUUGAUGAACCGAUUUUCACUGUUUGGAUGGCCCACCGAGGUGAGGAGGAAGGAGUUCAUGGAGGAGUGUUCACCUAUGGAGGCUUUGAUAAAGAGAACUGUGGGCCGAUAAUUGCCUACGAGCCACUCACUUCGGCUACCUACUUCCAGUUCAAGAUGAAAGCGAUCGGAGUGGGAAGAUAUAAGAGCAAGGUGCCAUAUGAAGUCAUCUCCGAUACCGGCACAUCUUUCAUUGGAGGACCAAAGAGUAUCACUGACAGACUGGCAAGAGCUGUUGGAGCAAAGUACAUUGCUGACGAGGAUUCUUAUGUGAUUCCCUGCAAUGCCAAGCCACCAACUCUCGAUAUCUACAUCGGAUCUCAUAAGUACCCCAUCGAGCCUGUAAACUACAUCGUUCAUGCCGGAGAGGACAUGUGCUUGUUUGCCGUCUUCCCAAUGGAAUCAGGUGGCUUCGGACCUACAUGGAUUCUCGGCGAUCCGUUCAUCCGCCAAUACUGCAAUGUUCAUGAUAUGGGGAAACAGCGCAUGGCAUUCGCCAAAUCACUUCAAAAGUAG